GGUACACUCUGCAUCAACAAUGGCGUCCCCUAAUAUCUGAUACACGGGGAUGAAAUAAUCAUGAAAACGGGGGUUCUGUUUAGUUCUAAAGAUGGCGGCGCCCAUGUAUCAACACAUGAAAGAAAUGAAAACAAAAGUGAUUUUACUAUUCAAAAGGAUUCAAUUAACUUUGAUAACUCGGAUACACAUACCACCAUAGGCAGUGUGUUGCAGCUUGAUGAUGAAUUCGUUGAAAAAUUCAAUGUGUCUGACCCAUCUUCCGGUACUGAAAUACAUUUAGAUUUAGAUCUACGUCUACAGCAUCAUGAUCAUCAUCAUGUCAUUCAUGAUCCCGAGUUGGAUGUUAAUAUUGGUCAUUCUAUGACUAUGGGUUUGGAAGUUGGAGACAUUGAAGAAACUGAAAAUGUAAACAACCAGACACUAGACUGGCUGAAACAGGGUGUAAGUUCUUCUGAUGUAGACAUGUUAGAAAUCUGCAACAAAGAUUCUACCAUAGAAGGCCUUUCUAUGGGCUUAGAUUCUCACUCAAUAGGUGGUCCUGACUUGUCAUCAGAAAAUUUGGACUACAUGUUUUCAAAGCAAAGUGAAAGUGCUGAAUCUAGCUAUUUUGAAGCACUUGACAAUGGAGAAUAUCCUUCAUCCAUGACAAAUUUUGUAAAUACAGUAAAUAUCAAUUGGUCAGGUCAUCAGGUCCAGUCACCAAAGCUGAACAAUGACACUAUCUGCCAACUUUCUUCUACAAACGAUGCUGUCGGUGAAUUUGUAUCAUUCUCUGAUCAAGAUGUAUUAUCAGACUCAUUGAACAACACCAAUGCUAGUGAUUUAAAUAGUAUUCUCUACAGUAGCUUGAAUAAACCUGAUUCAUCAGCUGUUAAAAUUGUUCAGUUUACUCCCAAUUCUAGCUUUAUAGAAGCUGAACAAGGAAUCAACAAUAUAUCAAACUCUGUUUUAAAAACUGUUCCAUUAUCAUUUUCUACUACACUUGCUGAAAACAUUUCGGUAUCAAACAUUAAGGAUGUUGCUACAGAUUUAAAUCUUACUAGUUUACCAAACUUUUUAGGUCUUGAAAAUAUCGGCAGCUCAUCUAUAAGCAGUAGUUUAAUUGACAGUCAGGAAGUUGUAAAUAUCUUACAGGGGUUGGCCCCUGGUAUAAAUAGUUCAGACAUAAAAAUUGAAAACGAUUUGCCAGAAGAACAAGGUCUCAAUGUUACAACUAUUUCAAUUUUGAAUGAUGAUGAACAUUCAACGAAAAUUUUAGUAGACAGUCACAGAGGUCAGCAACAAAAAUAUGUAAUCAAAACUGCUGAUUUAACUCAAGAAAACUGCUCACAGUUUCAUUUAAAUUCAUCUCAUGGACAGCAGAUGUACUUAAUAAAUCCAACUUCUGGAGAUCAAAGCUCAGAAUCACAAAGAACUGCAGUUGCAACAGCCAUGCCAGGUUUUGUUUUGAUGCCUGUUUUGGAAGGCUCUUCAAAUUUAAUUCAGAUAGUUCCUGUUUCCCUUCCUGAAGAUGUUACAAAAAAGCCUGCCAAAAAGCUGCUUAUGUGCUUAGAGCCAGGAUGUAAAAAAACUUUCAAAAAAACUUCAAAGUUAAAGGUGCACCAAAUGCUACACACUGGAGAAAGACCUUUCAAAUGUACAUUGCUUGGUUGUGAGUGGGCAUUUACUACUUCAAACAAGUUGAAAAGACAUAUGGAAUCUCAUGAAGGUCGCAAAGAUUUUGUUUGUGAUAGUCAAGGAUGUGGUCACAGGUUUACUACCAUCUAUAAUCUGAAUACACAUAAAAGAAUUCAUGAGAGACCUUGUACAGAAUCUUGUCCAGAGGCAGGGUGCACUCAAAGUUUCCCCACCAAGAGACAGCUAGAAUUACAUCUGCGUAAUGUCCAUGCUUUAGAGGACAGAACUUUAAAAUGUCCUGAACCUGGCUGUGAAAAGCUAUUCUACUCCUCUGGCUGCAUGGGAACACAUAUGAGAAUUCAUCAACAGAAGGCUGAAGAUCUGCAGUGCAAAUAUCCUGGAUGUGGCAAACAAUUUAAGAAACUCUGUAGAUUAAAACAACAUCAAAAACUGCAUUCUGGAGAGAAACCUUUCGUCUGUGAAUACCCAGAUUGUAACUGGGCUUUCACUUCAGCAAGUAAAUUAAAACGGCACCAGACCAAACAUACAGGGCUCAGGAGAUGGGCAUGCCCAAUGUGCAGGAAACAGUUUCAAAGAUCAGAACAUCUUCGUGGACAUUUGAUAACACAUACUGGGGACAGACCUUUUGUUUGUCCAGUAGAAGGUUGUGGUAAUACAUUCACUGCUAAAAGCACUCUGUACGUACACCUUAAGAAGCAUGAUGAAUCUGGUAAGACUAUUGUGUAUCACUGCCCUAUGGAGAAAUGUGAGCGGCACUAUACUAAUAAAGUCAGCUUGCGACAACAUAUCCUAGUAAAGCAUUGCAAUGUCCCUCAAGAUCAUCUUCCAUGUGUGACAGACAACCAGGGCACUGCUAACAAUUGGUUGAGUCUACUUGGUACAGGAGACCAACAGACUGAGAUCCAGUUCUCUCAAGAAACCUACACUGAAGCUGUAACACAACCUGCUUUGACACCAAGUCAAGAUGCAUUGUUAGCAACAGACUUUCUAACUGGAGACUUGUUUGUACUUCCUACUAAAGAUCAGGCUUUGGGUCAGUCUUCCAAUAAUCUUCUACCAGUUCAAACAAAUACUGGUCAUGUGACUCAGAAGUUGGUCAGUGGUAAUAGUUCUACUUUGAAUGCUAUUGGUCAGCCAAGUCAGCACUAUACUAAUGAUGAGAUUGCGAAAAAACUUUUGGACACAUCAGAUUUAUUUCAGCGAGAGCGUCUCUCCAUUGAAGUUGUUGAAAGAGGAAGAAAGAGUCAGAUCAUGCUUGAAAAUGUGCAUGGCUCUGCAAGGACUGAUCUAUCUAGUAAUGAAAUCAUUAGUCAAAGAUCGUUAAAAAGAUGGCAAAAGCAGAAGGAGAUUGAAGCAGCCAAGUUGAAGAACAGACUAGAAGCUGAUAACAGACCAAAAACUCCUGUAAACAUUGUUGCUAAUACAUCAGUGGAUUACAAAAAUCCUGUCUCCAAUAAUGUUUCACUAGGAGGCCAGCAGAUGGUCCACACAGUCAUAGUGCCCAGGUCUGAUGGUGAUUCCAUGGAGACUAAAGAAAUUCCAGAUAUGGAGUUGCAAGCAGAAGGUAUUCCAGACUUGGUUUUAGAUGGGGGCGCAAUCUCUUCGGAUUCCUUUAUGACGGAUCUUUUUAUACGUGACCCAGAGACUGGUAUUACCUACAGACAGACUCAGCUAUUACAGGAUGACCCGCCUAUGAUGGAGGAGGCUGAUGUUCACAGCCUGGUCUUGGACCCAAGUCUUGAUGUCCACUUUGUGGAGGAUUCCUUGAAUUUUAAUACUUUGGAGUGAACACAUUGUCUUGUGUUUGUAUUGCAAUGAAUUAUAUUGACUUGGAUUUUGUCAAACAGCCACUUUGAAUUUAGUAAUAGCUGAGUUGGUGAAUGUUAAAUGAGUGAACCUUGUCUUUCAGGAAAGAGCUUUUCAUAAUAGGAUCUCACUAGGAAAUCUUGUAUGUCUAUAUGAUAAACAUCAUUGUACCAUUGUAAGGUAUGAGUUGAGAUUUACUCAUGUUCUAUUCUUGGUUUAGUUGUUGACUUAAACAUUUUAUUUUAUUUUUAUGCAUUUAGUGUUGUUUUUAUGUAUAUAGGUUGUUUACUGAACUUUUCAAAACUAAUCUUGUAUGUUGUCAGAGAUGGUCUGUAAAAUAUUCAGAUGUUUGUCAUGUGUCAGCCGAUAUUAAAUAAAUUUUACAUUCUA